AUGGCUGAGGAGCUAGAAUGGGAGUCCAUGAUGAUGGGUGCAGAAGAAGCCUCCAUUGACGACGAAAUCAAAGGAAAAGAUGAAGUUAGCUUAUCUAGCAGGCUAUACAAGUCGAAUGAGGAAAUUGAAAAACUUAUAGUCGAAGAAUCAUUAUCUGAAGUAGAUCGAGCAGUCUGGCUUCUAAGGAACGGAACAAGCGUACAAAAACUCAGUGUCAUCAAUAGUGUGAAUAGACUGGUUGUAGAAUUUAAUGACGACUUUCGUGCAACAAUUCUUCCUAUACUCCUGGAAAUUGUGGUUUUGGAACCGCCUGUAUUCCAACGAGCAUUGGGGAAAUGCAUGGUAGAUAUUUUAACUCAAUCGUUAUUGCCAGCAAAAACUGUCCAAUUAAUUGUGCUGCUUUCACGCAAGUUUAUAGAUGGCAAGGAUGAAGGUGAUGCGGCUAAUAUAUGGUCCAAUGUGUUUAUAUCGUGUAUCAAGUAUAUUCCUAUCGAUACAAUCACUCAACAGAUAUUGCCAGAAGCGCUUGUAGACGGCGGAUUAGCUCAACCAGCACCAUUUCGUAUUUGGUGUGGUCGAGUUCUCGGUGCAAUUGCAAUGCGACUGGAUGGUAAAAGAAUCGAAGAAUUGUUUCUUAAAAAAGUACUUAGUUUAUGUCAAGACACCGACUAUGAUGUUCGUACAUCCAUGUGUAAUCAACUCACCAUGAUCGCCAAAGCAUUGGGACCAAAGCUCACCAAAACAGAGCUGAUACCCGAAUAUCUUGAAUUAGUAAUGGAUGAAGAAUGUGUUGUACGCAAAGCUGCAAUGGAUAAUCUGAUGGAACUGCUCGAGGUGUUGGAUGCCGACACCAAAUUGGUGUCCAUUAUACCGCUUUGGCGUAGAUUGUGCGAUGAACGACCACAAGGGAUCAUGGUUUCCAUUGUCAAACAUUUAGGAGCUUUUUUAUGGAUGACUCGGGUGGAUAUGAGCGAGUCGGACAAAAAAUAUUUUCUGAUGUUUUACCAGUCGUUGAUUCCUCUUGCAGCCGAUAAUGAAGCCAUCCGACACAUGUGUGCCUAUAAUUUUCCUGGAAUGAUUACGCUAUACAAGCCACAGUACUUUGAAGCAUUAAAACUCGACAAGGUUUUGGCUGCUUUGGCUUCUGAUACAAGUUCGACUGUACGGGUUACUGUCGCGCAAGGAUUCCACGAGAUUGUCAAUCAGCUCGGGGUAUCCGCAUUCAAAUUGACCAAAAAUUGGCUAGUGAAAUUGCUGACAACAGAUUGCAUUCAAGUUGUUCAGGCCAUUUUACCGAAUUUAGAAGCAAUUCUCAAAGUAUAUAUCCAAGAUGAAGCUGCAAGAGGGCCGAAUCAAAUGGACGAUAUUUUCAUAACAAUUAUGCAACACGAAAAAACUCAUGCAGAAAAUCAUUUUCUUACAUGGAGAACGCACCAUGACAUACUCGCAAUAUACCGAAUCUUUCCCGAUUAUUUCGACUCGGACCUUAUUUUUGAAACAUGCAUUCCAUCAUUAUUUAAACUAUUAGCAGAAAGCUCUGCUAUACCGAUAAAACACAUUGCAAUUCAAACCCUGGUUCACUUUCUUCGAAAGUUGAAGCGUCUGGACCAUCGCGAACACAUUCUUCGCCAACUCAUUGAUUUAAAAGAAGACCGAAGCUGCCAUCAUCGUAUGAUGUUUCUUGAUACAUGUGAAUCUAUUUUGCAAGUAUUUUCUCGAAAGUUUUUCCGUGAUCAUAUGUUUCAUCACUUUUUGGGUGUUCUAAGAGAUCCCGUGGCCAACAUUCGAUUGAGAUUUGUUCAGCUUUUACCGAUUGUGAGAGCAACUCUACGAACGGGAGUGGAUUCACUUAUUUUACAAAAAUUGGUGGACGCAACUGAGCCAUUGAUUACUCGUGAUUCUGACAGUGAUAUUAUGCUUGCCAUGAACCAAUUGAUUUCCAAGUAUGGCCCACUUGAUGGCAAUGGAUAUACCGAUAAAACUAUAAAUGAUUCUUGUGGUAUGGGGAUUAGAACUAGCAGUAAACAUACAAAAUCUACUGAUGAUGAUGCCUUGUUUGGGAUCGGCUCUUUGGGUAUUCACUCGGAUAAGCAAACCGACCGCUCUGAAAUCGGUGGUACGAAAUCAAACAGCUAUGGUACGCCUACUUUGACAUUAAAGAAUGCUCGCACAAACUCAAACGAAAGUAUUACCGACGGUUAUUUGCUUCAUAGUGACGACAUGCUUGGUAUGACAUCCGAAGAAGCAGAUAAAAUGAAAGAGGAAGAAGAAACAAGGCUUUCGUUUGAGCAAAUGGGAACCGAUUGGACAGUAAAACGGCGUGAGCUUCAUGAAGCACGAUUGGAUUUUCAUCGUCGAUUCGGUGAUAAAGAUCUUGGUAAAAAAAGUAUAUCAUCAGCUCAUGGCAGCAAGACCAAAAGCGGGUUUGAUACAAAUGGAGCCGGAGGAAAUUUAUUGUCAUCAAGCAGUGGGUCUGGACUCGGUACCAGUGGGUCUGGCUCAGCAAAUGCCAAUGCAUCUGGGAAAUCGAUUGGGUUUUCAGUUCGCCGACGCGCUGUUGGAUCUACAGCAGCUCCACCACUCGUACGAACCAAUGUCACUGCAAGCUCAAGCACCCACGAUUCAUUAAAUUCGCCAAUAACAUUAGGCAAUACACCCACCAAUUCAUCACCCUCAUCAUCCAAAUCAUUUUUACACGCUGCUCAGUUUUCCCAGGUGUAUGGAUCUACACCUCUCCCAUCAUCCAUAUCAAACAAAGGCAACCCAUCAUCAUCUAUAGAUUUGGCUUGUGUAAGAAAAAGUGUAGGAAACACCACCAAGCCUUCUAAACCCACCAAAAAAAGUUUGGCAAGCAGUGGUGACCACAUCGAUGAUUAUUCACCCAAAGGUUCAUUACUUCUUAAUCCAUCCACACCCAGAAAGUCAUUCAGUGGCGAGUUAAAAAAUCUCGAGCAUGAGCUAAUGGUAGCUGCUUCAAUUCCAGUUAAUUUGUCAAAAGUGGGCACAUCAGUGCAUUCUGGCGGUGUAACGCUACCAAAAGUUCAAAUCAAAGUGAACCCUGCUAGCCGACCCAUUUCCAGACAAACCCCUAAUGAGCGUGUACCAGAGCUACCUGCUGCAUCCACUUUAAAGAAAUCAUAUAGAUAGUAGCCAUCUCGUCAAAUUUGAAUAAAAGAAUAGCACCAUUGUACAAUUCAUC